AUGAAUGACAUGAAGAACAAGGAAAAGGAGAGACAGAGAGCAAAAAGACCAAAAGCACAAAGCAACAAACAGCCGAAAAGAAGGGUUGCAGAAGGGGAUCGCUGGCUGGAGGGAAGUGAAAGAGACGGCGAGGCGGACUUCGUGAGCGACGUUGGGCGAAGGACGGUCACGUGGCAUCAGCUCUUCGGGCGUGGAGUCGGAGAAUCUUCUCUCCGCGCCCUUGAAACCGUGGCGCGUCGCGAAGGGGAAGGAAUCGGCGGGUGGGUGGCUGAUCUAUAUGAGCGCGUUGGGACUCUUGAGAAACACCAUCCCAGCAGCCCUAAGCGAGAAUCCUUGAUUUCUGUUGAGGGGUGGAUGCUUGUUCAGUCCCAGAGCCCAGGCGUCGGAUCAUCUGAGCAGAUCCUCAACCUGGCGAUUUCAAAUCCUGAAAGUAAAGUCUCCUCAUAUUGCAAAAGAGGGUGCGUCUCCUCGCCCAGCAAAUGCCGAUGCAGCCAGGCCAUUGGAGAAUAUGUGGGUAUUCUGCGCAUUAACCAUCAAGUUUCUCCUUGA